CUUCAGAAUCUAGAGAAGGAUAUGAAGUGGUUGUGGAGUGCGUUAAUGAGAUAAUUGCAAAGCUCAAAGAUGUCACAAAGGCAAGAUGCGAAGCUCAAGUAACUUCAUCGACCAGAUUUGAUGAUUCACUAAAUAAUAAUGGUGCAAAAGUCUUUGUUGACAAUUCAAAUGUUACAAAGGUGGUUGGUUUAAAGAGAAAGGAUCCAAAACAUUGUGGUAACACUCGACUAAAAAGUUCCUUGGAAAAGGCUUCAAAAAGUAAAAAGAAGGCUUCAUCAAUGCAACCCGCUCCGACUCAUGUCCAGUUGACAAUGGAUACAGGUUUCAAAGUGCAGAGUUCACAAGAAAGUCACAAUAUUUUGUUCAAAGACUACUUCGCUAAUACUUUUUGGAAGAGU